AUGACAGAUAUCUCAGAGAACACUCCUCUUCUACGCUCAGCAGACCCAGACCCCAUCGGCGAGCAUGAAUCCCACGAUCCGUCCACCUCAAACCCAGAGGAUCAUUCCUUACGGUUUGUAACGACAUUGACAUGGGUAUCGCUCGCCCUGUCGGUGUUGGUCGUUACGUUCGACCUCACCGUGAUCAUCCUAGACGAGAACAACCAUAACGAAGGCUAUUACAUGCCGUGGGAUCUGCGCGAAGUCAUCAAGGUCAUGGGUGUCGUGGGCUUGUCCAGCGCCUUAUUCUCAUUCCUGAAUCUGAUCCGUAUAUAUCUAAGCCACAGACCCCUCUGGCUCUGGCUGAAUCUAGUCGCCGAUUUUCUAAUCGCCUUCUUCGCCAUUCUGAGCGCCGGACCGGGUAUUGUCCAAGACUGGUCUUAUACGUGCUCACCUGACAGCUACGAGUGUCAACUUGCGCAGCCGACUAGGCUCUGCACAUUUCUUACUUUGGGGUUCGCGUUCGUGCUAGGUAUCAACCACUUGGUCCUGUUCUUUCUCCGUUGUGCCUUGGUGUUUCAGUCUAGAUUCUGGCGGGGUUUGCAGAAUUGGAGGCUUCCGGGUGGACAGUUGACUGUCGAGUUUACGAUCAAGUUUCUGCGACAGGAGGGUCAAGGGACUGAGGGGGAGCAAAGCUAG